AUAAUUACAAAAAGCACCCCAAGCAAAAGUUUCACUGAAGCUCAACAAAACCCCUCGGCUGUAUUACAUCGGGCCGCCGCUAACAAAUCACCAACUCUCGGUUAUUGUCUGCAAACCCUAGUCUCUCUCUAUCUCUACUAAAUUAUCAUUCAAAUUCGUUUCAUAAGCUGAUAGUCAUGGCAGGGACAGAUGCUACGGAGAGUGGUUUAUCAUGUGUUAAAUGUGGCAAGCCUGCUCAUCUUCAGUGUCCAAAAUGUGUUGAAUUGAAGCUUCCACGUGAAGGCGCUGCUUUCUGCACUCAAGACUGUUUCAAGGCAUCAUGGAGCUCUCAUAAAUCAGUUCAUUUGAAAGCAAAGUUAUCAUCAGUUGGAGCAAGCAAUCCAUGGGAACUUAAUAUAGCCUCACCAAGUGAUGGUUGGCUUUAUUGUAUUAGGAAAGGACAGUCUCGAACAGCACAAAUUCCUCAUUUUGAUUGGACAGGACCAUUAAGGCCUUAUCCCAUAUCAAAAAAACGUGUAAUACCUGCAGGAAUUGAGCUACCUGAUUGGGCAGUUGAUGGAACUUCCAAAACCGAGCCUAUUAGUGAUCUGCAACAUGUUGUUGAGAUAAAAACUCCAGAGCAAAUUGAGAGAAUGAGAGAAACUAGCCGAAUAGCAAGAGAAGUUUUAGAUGCAGCUGCUCGUGUUGUGCGUCCUGGUGUGACUACUGAUGAAAUUGAUGCUGUUGUCCAUGAAGCAACCAUUGCUGCUGGAGCAUAUCCAUCUCCAUUAAAUUAUCAUUUCUUCUUUCCAAAUCUUGCUGCACGUAGGUCUGUUAAUGAAGUAAUCUGCCAUGGGAUUCCAGAUGGAAGAGUCCAUGGUGAGGUUCUUUAUCUUAUUCCAUUGUUGAGAGGUUUAUAUGCAGUUGACAACAUUGAUUACAUUUUUGUUUUAGGUGACCUGAAUGAAACUUAUUUUGUUGGUAAUGUUGAUGAGGCAUCUCUACAGUUGGUCAAAUGUACUUACGAGUGCUUGGAAAAAGCAAUAGCUAUCGUGAAACCUGGAGUACGCUUUCGUGAAAUUGGGGAAAUUAUAAAUCGACAUGCUACCAUGGCAGGCUUAUCUGUGGUGAAAUCCUAUUGCGGGCAUGGUAUCGGAGAACUCUUCCAUUGUGCACCAAACAUACCCCAUUAUGCCAGUAUCCUAAAAUUAGCGUUCUAGUGUUUAGUAUAGUG